AUCCUCAGUUCCCAUUCUAAUAUCAUGGCUGCCACCAAUCAUACCUUCCAUCCAGUUGUCUUCCUCCUUUGGGGCAUCUCAGAUCUAGAGGAACUGCACAUCUGGAUCUCCAUCCCUUUCUGCACCAUGUAUGUAGUAGCCCUUGGAGGUAACUCCUUGUUGAUCAUAUCUAUCUGUAUGGAGCACAGUCUACAUGAACCUAUGUACCUCUUCCUGGCCAUGUUGUCCACAUCAGACCUUUUGCUCUCCACUGCUAUCAUGCCCAAGAUGUUGGCCAUUUUUUGGUUUGAGGACAAAGUCAUUUCUUUCCAGGCCUGCAUCACUCAGAUGUUUUCUGUCAUUGCCAUCUUUGUCAUGGAGUCAACAGUUCUUCUGGCCAUGGCAUUUGACCGCUAUGUGGCCAUCUGUUUUCCAUUGAGAUACACCAUGAUUCUGUCCCCCAUGGUAAUCAGGAAAAUAGCAAUAUUUUCUCUGGCCAGAGGUCUACUCAUCACUUCCCCUUUCAUCUUCCUAGUUGAGCAGCUGCCAUUCUGUGGAAAUAACAUUAUUACCAAUACUUAUUGUGAACUUCCUAAGAUUUCCAGGCUGGCCUGUGCAGACAUCACAGCCAUUAACAUUUAUACACUAGUAUUGUCCUUCUUGUCCACAGGCUUAGAUGUCAUCCUCAUAUCCAUAUCCUACACUUUUAUCCUCCGAGCUGUCUUCAGACUCCCAUCCCGUGAUGCCCAACUCAAGGCUCUGGGUACCUGCAGUUCACAUGUCUGUGUCAUCCUCAUGUUCUACAUACCAGCCUACCUGACAGUGCUGAUCAGCCACAUUCAGUAUGGGAUCCUGCUGACUAAUCUCUAUGUGGUUGUGCCGCCUGCACUGAACCCCAUUAUAUAUGGUGUCAGGACUAAGCAAAUUCGGGAUCAUAUCAUCCGCAGGUUCUCCCAAUUGGGCCAGGUAUGCUUAGCUGGAGAUGUUAGGAAUAACUGAGGAGCUUAAAAUAAUAUGUGUCAAUCAUUAUGAUUUAGACAUACAAUGAAGCUAUAACCAUUUAUAAAGAUAUUGUGACAAUUGACAACAUCAAGGGAUAUAUCUGUCAAUUAGGCAAAGAGGCUUUAGAUCCAGCCUUAGAUGUUUACUAGCAUGUUACAUUUGGCAAGUCACUUAACCUUUUUUCCCCUUAGUUUUCUCAAUUGUAAAAAGUGAUCAAUAAUAUCAUCAAUAUCCCAUGGUUUUGUGACAAUUCAACAGGAUGUUUGUAAAACACUGGCACAUAGUAAGCACUA